AUGGUGCCUAGAACUGCGUCGAAGCAGUUUCUUGGAUACAGGUUUAUCUUGGCACCUGGAAAAGGUUUAUGCGGGACUGGGCAGCCUUGGGCACGCUUUACGGACUUUGCGCGGGUCUGCGUAGGGCAAGCCCUGCGAUAUCCCCAUUCGUUGCGCUGUCGGGCAUCGGAUGGCAAAGAUCGCCAACCAAAUGGUCCUGAAGAGAAGCAGCCAAAGGAAAACCCUUCGGAGCUUACGGGCAAACUGAAUGCUUUGCUUGAGGACCUCCAGAAGCAGGGCAUGGACUCGAAGAAGGCGAAAGCGGUACUGAAGAAGUGGCGCGAUUUGGGUGUCUCCGACCCCGAGCAGCUACGGAAACUUUUACUUCGGAGGAGCCUUAAGCCGGCAGCAACGGUCGGGAUACAGGCAUUGCUCGAUGGCUUGGCUUGCUGGGGCGGCUUCUACACGGCUGGCCUCAUUGCCGACUCGCCGCCUUUCACGGGGCAGUUCGCCCUCCAACUCGCCGCGUCAUUCUUCGGCUUUUACUACGUCCUGCAAGCGCUGCUCAACCUGUCAGUAGCGUCCGCGCUACUGUUUACCGCUUACAAGUACGGCACCAAUUCUGUGGAGCUGCUGGCGGCCGUACAGCAGCUGGCCGGCCCCGCCACUGGCCUUAACGUGCUGGAUAAGGCCCAAGUGGCGGUUAACACGCUCAAGGUAUUGCAGACGUUGGACGAGAUUGCAGAGCUGCUCAAGAACAUGUCGACGACCUCUCCGCAGCGCUCCACACUGCAAAACCUGUCGGCGUACCUGACGCUGGCGCACGCCAAGCAACGACUGGGCUUCGACCCGGCUCGCUACGGUCUGAGCGAGCCGGAGGCAGGGGAGAUCGCCUACGUCUUCUCCACUUAUGACGUCAACGACGACUACCGGCUUGAGCUUUCGGAGGUCAAAAAGCUUUGUCAGGAUCUGGGCAAGGAGCUGACGGAAGACGAGCUGAAGGAGGCGAUGCGCAUCCUGGACACCUCCAAAAACGGCUUCGUGGAGCUGGAUGAGUUUUGCGCCUGGUGGACGAAGGCCAAGAAGGAGGUGUCCGCGUGAGGGUUGGGAUUGUCAACACGUCAUGCAGGGCAUUGGAGGUGUACUUCCGGCAGUAGGACGGCGACCUGGGGAGGGGUGUAACUUCAGCCCAGGGGCCAAGCACCUGCGGCGAUGGAAUUGUAAUGGCACGGUGGCAGCGGGAGAGGCGGCAUGUCUGCAGCUAGGAGCCUGGUGGGCACUUCGGCGUUUGGCAUACACGGAGGGACCUGCACCUGGGGUUGUCCACUUUGCAUAGUCUGAGGGGGAGACUGUUUUCCUUAGACGGGCGCUAGUCGUUAUGUGCAAUUCUUUCAUAUUGUUCAAAUUGCACGGGUGUUUCUGCUUUGGUUUCCGGGGCGCGGACUAUCUGGCAACGGAGUGUCGCACGGUGCAUGGCUCGCGCCGCUGCACCUGAUGUUAGCCCUUUGUAUCCGCACAAUCUGUGUGUUGGGGUCGAGAUUAUCUCUUUAGAUGUGCGGUAGGCAACAGUUUGAGCAAAGGUGCCCGUAUCGGCAGUGCAAAUGUACGGGUGCCG